AUGGCAGUCAACGAGCCGUCUUCCAAGGCGCAAACGCAAGCGAGAGCCCAAGACCUCCUCGGUUACGGUCAGCGCCAAGUCGAUCGCAUUGUGAGCCCUUCAACCCGCCAGAAGGCCUACAAUUCAACCUCAGCCUAUGCCUCCGACAGGCCCCUUCUUUUCUCUUUCUUCCUCGUCCAGCUCCUCUUCUCCUUCCUCCCGCUCCUCCUGUUCGUCGGCUUCGCCCUCUCGACCGCCACCGUCGCCUUCGCUUCCGCUGUCGCCUUCUCGCUGUUCUGGAUCGGCAUCGCCAGCCUCUUUCUCAUUCCGACCCUGUUCAUCACCAGCAGCAUCGCCAGCCUGGUCUUCCUCUGGGCUCUCACCACCUUCUUGGCCGGUCGCUGGGUGUACAACGUGCUGCCCGUUAGUGUUCGCGGAGACGCGCGCCUCAAUCUGCCCAACGGCAAGCAGGUCAUCAUCGAGAAGCCUCAGCGCAACGGUGUCGGCUUCGACAUCAAGACCGAGGCGGCCGAGUUCAAGGAUUAG